AUGGCCGUCGCGCUCGGCCGCUCGAGCGCGUUCCUACGCCGUGCGCCGCGGUACGCUGCUGCCGCGGUGCGCUAUCAACACACGGCCGCGUCCGUGGACCCUGCGGACAUCGCGCACUUUUCGCGCCUGGCCAACGAGUGGUGGAACGAGAAUGGCGAGUUCGCCCCGCUGCACCGCAUGAACCGCGUGCGCAUCGAGUUUAUGCGGCAGAAGCUGGAGGAGGUGCGUGGGUGGGACGCGGCCCUCGCAGACGUGCAGGGUGCUGGCAGCGUGCCGCCGCCGCCUGCGUCGCCGGCGUUCCUCGCAGGCCAGCACAUGCUCGACGUGGGGUGCGGCGGCGGCAUCCUCGCCGAGUCGGCCGCGCGCCUCGGCGCGCGCGUCACGGGCGUCGAUGCGUCGGCGGAGAACAUCCGUGUCGCCUCGAUGCAUGCGGCUCAGGAUCCCGCGAUCCAUCUGCGCGCCGAGGGCGACGGCCCAGGCGCUGCCGACGGAUCGAUCCAGUACGUGCACUCGUCCGCCGAGGCCCUGCGUGAUGCCGGGCACCAGUUCGACAUCGUGACCGCGAUGGAAGUCGUCGAGCAUGUGAACCGCCCCGACGAGUUUCUCCGCUGUCUCGCCGCGCUCAUCAAGCCGGGCGGCCACCUCUUCCUGUCGACCAUGUCUCGCACGGCCCUGUCGUACCUGCUCACCAUCUUCCUCGCUGAGAAUGUGCUGCGCGUCGUCACCCCCGGCACACACCGGCACAGCCAGUACAUCAACCCCGCCGAGAUGGUCGCGUUCUUCCGCGAACUGGGCUGGAUCCCCACCGAGAGCGACGUGCUUACGCACCGCGCCACACUCCCUGACGGCUCCCUAGCUGCGCCGUGCCCGCCGCGCCUGCAGUACGAGACGCGCGGCACCAUGUACGUGCCUGUGCUCGGCCGCUGGGUGCUCGCGCCACAGAGCACCGCCGACGAGGCUGCGACGGGCCCGUCCGCGUCGACAUGGCUUCCGACCCUCCUGGGGGGCGGCAUGCGGCCGACCGAGCUGUGCAACUACUUUUUCUGGAUUCGGCGCCCCGCCUAA